GGCCCUUGCCUGCUGGGGGCUUCUCUCGCCGGGACUUGGGACUCCCGGGAAGUGGACUGGCAGAGGAGGGGGUCAGCUAGCUGGUUCUGCGGACCGAGUAGGAGACCCCCGGCGUGAGGUGGCCUCGCAGGGUCCGGUGGGCUGGCGAGCUGACCCGGCGGCGGCGGAGGAGGAGGCUUGUGAGGGGUGCGCGGGGGAGGGGUCGGCUCAAAGGAACCAUGGCCCCGCAGAACCUGGGCACCUUCUGCCUGUUGCUGCUGUACCUCAUCGGGGCCGUGAUCGCCGGGCGAGAUUUCUAUAAGAUCUUGGGGGUACCUCGCAGUGCUUCUAUAAAGGAUAUUAAAAAGGCCUAUAGGAAACUAGCCCUGCAGCUGCAUCCUGACCGGAACCCUGAUGAUCCACAAGCCCAGGAGAAAUUCCAGGAUCUGGGUGCUGCUUAUGAAAUUCUGUCAGAUAGUGAGAAAAGAAAACAAUAUGAUACUUAUGGUGAAGAAGGAUUAAAAGAUGGUCAUCAGAGCUCCCAUGGAGACAUUUUUUCACACUUCUUUGGAGAUUUUGGUUUCAUGUUUGGAGGAACCCCUCGUCAGCAAGACAGAAAUAUUCCAAGAGGAAGUGACAUUAUUGUAGAUCUGGAAGUCACUUUGGAAGAAGUGUAUGCAGGAAAUUUUGUGGAAGUAGUUAGAAACAAACCUGUGGCAAGGCAGGCUCCUGGCAAACGGAAAUGCAACUGUCGGCAAGAGAUGCGGACCACCCAGCUGGGCCCAGGGCGCUUCCAGAUGACCCAGGAGGUGGUCUGCGAUGAGUGCCCUAAUGUCAAACUAGUGAAUGAAGAACGAACACUGGAGGUAGAAAUAGAGCCUGGGGUGAGAGAUGGCAUGGAGUACCCCUUUAUUGGAGAAGGUGAACCUCACGUGGAUGGGGAGCCCGGAGACUUACGGUUCCGAAUCAAAGUUGUCAAGCACAAUGCUAUGGCAUACUUACUAGACUACAGUAUAGGGCACCCAAUAUUUGAAAGGAGAGGAGAUGAUUUGUACACAAACGUGACAAUCUCACUGGUUGAGUCUCUGGUUGGCUUUGAGAUGGAUAUUACUCACUUGGAUGGUCACAAGGUACGCAUUUCCCGGGAUAAGAUCACCAGGCCUGGAGCCAAGCUAUGGAAGAAAGGGGAAGGGCUCCCCAGCUUUGACAACAACAACAUCAAGGGCUCUUUGAUAAUCACUUUUGAUGUGGAUUUUCCAAAAGAACAGUUAACAGAGGAAGCAAGAGAAGGUAUCAAACAGCUCCUGAAACAAGGAUCAGUGCAGAAGGUAUACAAUGGACUUCAAGGAUAUUAAGAGUGAAUAAAAUUGGACUUUGUUUGAAAUAA